AUGGAGAAGAAGGUCAACCGUCGGGUCUCGUCCACAAUCGUAGCUGAGGAUCUCGAGGCGGAUGUAUGUACAGGGUUUGCCAAUGCAGACGUGCUUGUGGAUGUUGCCGCAGAGGUCGGUGUGGGUGUCAAUUGUGCAGGCCAAGCACGCUCGACCAACAGCAAAAGCGCAACCAGAUGCGGAGGGAGGCCAAGCGAGCGCAUAACCAACAGCGAAACGUCGUACAAUGAACUUCGGUCGCUCAGCUCAGCACGAGCUCGGUCAAAAAUUUUCGUCGAACGGGUUUCGUCAUCCAAAUACUUUCGUAUGGAUCGCGCUCAACACAAACGUCAAACAUUUUCGUCAAGCAAGGGUCGACACUUCGGCAGAACACUUCCCUCUGACAAAGUUCGUCAAAUCACACAGGCACUUCGCCGCUCUCGCGCUCGACACACAAACUCGCACUUGUUCAGUGGCGGCGCCGAUUGCACCAUCAAGCAGUGGGACAUUCUGAGCGGUACUCUUGUUGCAAACUUUGCCUAUCUGACGGAUUGGGUCAACGCGCAUCUUGUUGGUGAACAGCGGUAUAGUGCGGAUGGCCCCACUGUAAAGAAGUGGGAUAUUCCCAGCGGCGGGCGAACAUCAACAAAACCAUAUCCGCAAUGUGACGGCUCUUGCGCUUCCAACCGCCAAGGCAAAUAUGUAGAGCCAUUGGCGUACCCUUCGCCGAACCUCUUCGUCAUUAUUGGCUUCCCAGAUGAACCCCCAGCGGCCCCAGCUUCCCAGGGCGGGCGGUUUUAG